AAUGGGUACUGGCGCUAGCUAUACCGAAGCAGGAAAAUCUUACUCUGACACUGUCUUCUACAGUGACCAAGACUCUUUAAGAGCUAAAGGAGUCCCUCCAACCAAGAUCACAGCAAUUAAGGUUUGGAGCCAGAAGAAAAUCUUUGCUAUUGAAGUGUUCUAUGAUGGAGAAUCAUCAGGACAGAGAUAUGGUAGUGAGUACACCUCUGACUGCAAAUGUGAUGAGUUCAAACUUAAAGAAAAAGAAGAUAUAAAAUCUAUUUCAGGCAAGGUCGGAGAAGACAUUAAUUACUUCAGGAUAACCACAACUAAGGCCAGAAGUAGGCUCUAUGGAAGGGGAGGAGCUGGGUCUCAAUUUAGUUUGACUGAUGUCAAAGGGAAGGUUGUCAAAGGAUUUAAGUUCGGCUUUGGAAAGAGUAUGACAAGCGUGGGAGUAUGGUUUGCAGAUAAAGAUUAUGCAUGAGAAGUUCCUACUCUUCCUAUUCCUAAACCAAUUCCUGUUGCUUCUACAGGUCUCCCUACACCUACACAAGCAAUAAUUCCUCCAACCCAACCUCCAGCUCCAAUCCCAGCCCCAUCUCCAUCAGGAAUUCCAGCUCCAGCACCUGCAUCAAUUGGGGGAACCUAUCCUUCCGCUCAUGCCAUUCGGGAUCCAGCUCCAGCUUCUACUGGCAUGACUCCGUUCGGAGGUGCUUCUACUGCUACAUCAUUGCCAACUCCUGAUCCCGCUCCUGUUCACGUUCCUUCGAUAGCUCCUGGUACAAGCUAUGUGCCAGCUCCUGCUCCUGAAGUGACUCCGCCAGCAGGAAACCCUAUGACUUGUGGAUAUUCUCUGAUUCCUGGAGCUCCUUCAGCUGCUAAGGUGCCUACACCUGCUCCUGCACCAGCUCCAGUACAAGUGCCAGCACCGGCUCCGGUGUUGAUACCUGCACCAAUUCCGGUCGUGACUCCUCUGACUAAGACUAUUGUGGGUGGAAAGAUCCAUACAGACACUGAAGUGUUUGAUGACUACAAGAGCCAUCAGGAUACCUUUGAUAAGAACCCGAGCAUUCGGAUUUCCGAACUGAGAGUCAUCCACAACAACGACAUUGUCUUUGGAGUUGAAGCUAUGUACUCUAUUGGAACUAUGCAGAUAAGUGGUGGCAUGCAUGUUGGCAAGGAAUGAGAUACCACUUGACUCAACCAAGCUAUAACUUUAGAACCUGGAGAAACUAUUGUUGCUGUAACAGGAAAGAACGGAGAAGUAAUUGAUUCAUUAAGUAUUGUUACUUCUAAAGGAACGACAUAUAACUUUGGAGGCUCAGGAGGAGACUACUUUUAUUCACUAGCAAUUCCCGAAGGAAAGCAUCUUAAAGCCAUAGCAGGAGGAAUUGGAGGCCACCUACACAACAUUUGUGGGUAUUAUGAAUAA